CUCGCUCUCUGUCUCUCUCUCUCUCUACAGUAGUACAACUUAAGUCAUGAUUCACCGUCAGCUGCAGAUCUAGCUUGAUUGCGAUUUGCAAAGUGAAUAAUCAUUCACAGCAGCAAGAAAUGUUGAGGAGAUUGAACUCAGUAACUGCAUUUUUACCUCUUUCGCUGCUGUUGCUUUGCCUGCGGAUUGAAGCGUCGGUACAUGAGUACACCGGAGAGAGGUUCGUGAGCAAGGGAAAUGCUUUCGUAGUCCACGGUGGCAGCGAAGGACUCUACGCUUCUAUACCCAACCUCAAUGAAUCCUCACCUCCCGACUCUUUCAUUCGCUUUGAAAAGAUUAUAUUUCAAAGACCUGGAGAAAUUUCAAAUAUCAGCUCAGGGUCAAUUCAUGCAAUUGUAUUUGAAGUAGACGAUAGAGAGACCAUUGGGGGCUCAGCCUAUGGGGGUCAAAGAGCUGUAUGCUGCACAGCAGAUCUUGCAAAACUUGGAGUUUGUACACAAGGACAAAUCAUUCACCGCCCAUCUACUUAUAAUCCUGGUUGGCCUCAAGUAUUUGGUGUAUCAUUUGAUGUUGAUAAGGUAGAGACUAUUCUGCCACCAAGAUCAAUACAGAUUACAAAAUCUGGGAUGUACAAUAUGUAUUUUAUUUAUUGCGAUCCAAAUCUCAAAGACGUUAUUGUCAAGGGGAAAACCAUCUGGAAAAAUCCUACCGGUUACCUACCUGGUAGAAUGGCACCCCUUAUGAACUUCUAUGGCUUCAUGUCUCUUGGAUUUGUGGUUCUGGGAAUCUUCUGGUUCUCCCAGUAUGCAAGACACUGGCGAGAAGUUCUUCCAUUGCAAAACUGUGUGACACUUUUAAUAACAUUGGGAAUGUUUGAGAUGGCAUUGUGGUAUUUUGAUUAUGCCGAGUUCAAUGAAACUGGAGUCAGACCAACUGGGAUCACUGUAUGGGCAGUCACCUUUGGAACUGUGAAACGUACUGUUUCGUGGUUGAUCAUCCUUAUGGUUUCUAUGGGUUAUGGUGUUGUUAGACCUACAUUAGGCGGUCUUACAUCUAAAGUUCUUAUGCUUGGAACAACCUUUUUUGUUGCAUCUGAAGUGCUUGAACUGGUCGAAAAUGUUGGUGCUGAAAGUGAUCUUUCAGGCAAAGCUAGACUGUUUUUUGUACUUCCUGUGGCUAUUUUGGAUGCUUUCUUCAUUCUUUGGAUUUUCACCUCCCUCUCUUCAACCUUGAAUAAGCUUCAGGCUAGAAGGAUGCUAGCCAAACUAGAUAUUUACAGGAAGUUCACAAAUGCAUUAGCUGUUGCUGUUGUUUUGUCUGCGGGCUGGAUUUGCUAUGAGCUUUAUUUCAAGUCAAAUGACAUAUACAAUGAGCAAUGGAAAAACGCUUGGAUUAUUCCUGCCUUCUGGCAAAUCGUGUCUUUCUUCCUCCUGUGCGUCAUCUGUGCUCUUUGGGCUCCAUCUCAAAACUCAAUGCGAUAUGCUUACUCCGAGGAUGCAAGUGAAGCAUUUGAUAAGGAAGAUACUUUAACGCUCAUUAAACCUUCCCCACUGAGCUCAAAAGAGGGUAGGAGUCCUUCCGAGCUCAGACCAGCAGAAAGUGGCAAUGGUUUAUCCCAUGGAAAUCCUGAGGAAGACAAGAUUGAGUAAAGUAAAAGAUUUAAUUUAUUUGGCAGAGGUUCCAUGGCCUAAAUGAUCAUAUUGAGUUUCGAUCAACGUCCUGCAGAAAUGAUGGUUUGGCAGUUGGGAAGGUCAUAUUAACCUUCAUAAGUUUGUCGUUUCGGGCUUUUUUUAUUUUUUAUUUUUUUCUGGAGCUUUUGCAUGUUUACAAGUGCUUCAUUAUUACUUUGUAAGCUUUUGUUGUAGACCUAAUGCUUCUUGACAGUUUAAAGCUAACUAUAUGCGCUUAAAUACUUGACCAAAUUGUUUUCCUAGAAAAAAAUUGUUUAUUAAAAUUAUCAUAA